GAAAGUGCUUCAGAACUAAUAACAAGGGAACUUGACAAGAGCUUGUCAGUGUGUGUGUUUGUGUGCGUAGGAUUUCUGUCAAUGCAUUCCAGUAACCCCAAAGUGAGAAAUUCCCCAUCAGGAAAUGCCCAAAGUAGUCCCAAAUCAAAGCAGGAGGUGAUGGUCCGUCCCCCAACAGUGAUGUCCCCAUCUGGCAAUCCCCAGCUGGACUCUAAAUUCUCUAACCAGGGUAAACAGGGGGGCUCCACAGGCCAAUCCCAGCCCUCUCCGUGUGACCCCAAGAGUGGGAGCCAUACACCCAAAGUGCUCCCCGGACAAGGGGCAAGCAUGGGGUUGAAGAAUGGGGCUGGCAGUGGUUCAAAAGGGAAAGGAAAGAGAGAGAGGAGUAUUUCAGCGGACUCGUUUGAACAGAGGGAUGCUGGAACUCCCAGUGAUGAAUCUGAAAUCAAAGAUAUUGGUUCUGCUGAUCAUACAAAACCACAAGAUUCCCAACAUACAAUGCACUCCAUGACACCUUCAAAUCCUUCGGUCCCACGUUCCUCCACACCUUCCCAUGGUCAGGCCGCCAGUUCAGAGCCAGGUAGCCUACAAAAGACUCCAUCCAAAGUUGUCUAUGUCUUUUCAACAGAGAUGGCUAAUAAGGCUGCAGAAGCUGUGCUGAAGGGACAAGUGGAAACCAUUGUUUCCUUUCACAUUCAAAAUAUCUCUAAUAAGGCGGAACGAAACACUGUACCUUUAAACACACAGAUUCCACCACUCCGAAAUGAUACAAAGCCCCAAGUUCCCUCACAGUUGCCUGUUUCUCAGGAGCAAACUCCUCCCCAGAAUGCCAAAAUGCAGCAAACUCCACCCAUUCCAGUGCCAGCACCAGCACCAAAAUCUACUGGCCCUCCUUGCCCUAUUGAUCAGGACAAUCCUGGAUUGGAGAGUAAAGGGAUGUCUGUAGGAAGUCCUGCAAACUCUACCCCACUGCAAACAGAAGGAUUUGGGCAAACCUCAACUCCUAAUAAUCGACCAGUUAGUCCAGUGUCCCAAGGGAGCAAUAGCUCCACUGCAGACCCUAAAGGUCCCAGCCAGCAGGUAUCUGGAGGGGACCCACCAAACAUGGGUGAAAAUCCAGAUGGAUUGUCCCAGGAACAGCUGGAGCACAGAGAACGUUCGUUGCAGACUCUACGUGAUAUUCAGCGUAUGCUUUUCCCAGAUGAGAAGGAAUUUGCUGGAGGCCAAGCUGGAGGUCCUCCACCAAAUUCUGGAGUGUUAGAUGGUCCCCAAAAGAAACCAGAAGGCCCAAUACAGGCCAUGAUGGCUCAAUCCCAAAGUUUAGGCAAAGGGCCUGGACCCCGGACAGAAGGAGGGCCCCCUUUUGGUCCCCAAGGCCACAGAGACAUGCCAUUCUCACCAGAUGAAGUUGGACCACCAUCCAUAAACUCUCAGUCUGGCCCUAUAGGACCAGAUCAUCUGGAUCACAUGACUCCUGAACAGGUGGCUUGGCUUAAACUGCAACAAGAGUUCUAUGAGGAGAAGAGGAGAAAACAAGAACAGGUUGUGCAGCAGUGUUCUUUACAGGAUAUGAUGGUUCACCAGCAUGGGCCUCGAGGGUUGGUCAGAGGCCCCCCACCUCCAUAUCAGAUGACCCCAGGUGAAGGCUGGGGACCCGGGGGCCCAGAACCCUUUCCUGAAAGCAUGGCUAUGCCCCACUCACUGCCCCCAAGGGGCAUGGCCCCCCAUCCCAAUGUACCUGGCAGUCAGAUGCGGUUGCCUGGAUUUCCUGGAAUGAUAAAUCCUGACAUAGAGGGCCCCAAUGUCCCUGUCCCAACUCCCCCAUCUAGACCUGGGCUUUCUGGUGUGCCUUGGCCAGAGGAUGUGCCAAAACUUCCAGAUGGCCGAAACUUCCCUCCCGGGCAGGGUGUGUUCAGUGGCCCUGGUCGAGGGGAAAGGUUUCCAAAUCCUCAGAGCUUGUCUGAGGAAAUGUUUCAACAACAGCUAGCCGAAAAACAACUAGGACUUCCCCCUGGUAUGAGCAUAGAAGGAAUCAGGCCUGGCAUGGAGAUAAGCCGAAUGAUUCCCCCUCAAAGACAUAUGGAGCCUGGCAAUAACCCUAUCUUUCCACGCAUGCCAGUUGAUGGAUCCAUGAGUCCCUCCAGAGGAGACUUCCCAAAAGGAAUGCAACCUCAGAUGACAGCAGGUAGAGAGAUGGAAUUUGGGAUGGGCCCCAGUAACAUGAAAGGAGAUGUCAAUCUGAAUGUUAACAUGAGUUCCAAUCCACCAAUGAUACCUCAAAAAAUGAGGGAAGCUGGAGUAGGCCCAGAGGAAAUGAUGAAGAUGCGCCCAGGAGUCCCAGAAAUGCUCCCCUCUCAGCAGAAAAUGGUACCCUUGCCAUUUGGUGAGCACCCCCAGCAGGACUACGCAAUGGGCCCAAGACCUUUCCAUCCAAUGUCUCAGGGCCCAGGUGUUGGUCUCCGGAAUCACAGAGAACAAGUAGGGCCUGACCAAAGGACUAACAACCGGCUUAGCCACAUGCCACCACUACCUCUGAACCCCUCCAGUAACCCAAACAGCCUCAACACAGCUCCUCCAGUUCAACGCAAUCUAGGACGCAAACCUUUGGAUGUCUCUGUUGGUGCCAGCCAGGUUCAUUCUCCAGGCAUAAAUCCACUGAAAUCUCCCACCAUGCGCCAGGUCCAGUCUCCUAUGUUGGGUUCCCCCUCUGGGAACCUCAAGUCCCCCCAGACUCCAUCGCAACUGGCAGGGAUAUUGGCAGGUCCGACUGCUGUAGCCGCUGCUGCUUCAAUCAAAUCCCCCCCUGUGAUGGGUUCUGCUGCCGCAUCUCCUGUCCAUCUCAAAUCACCGUCCCUCCCUGCACCUUCUCCUGGAUGGACUUCAUCUCCAAAACCCCCGUUACAGAGUCCUGGAAUCCCACCCAACCACAAAACGUCUCUUGCCAUGUCAUCACCAGCCAUGAUGGGAAAUGUUGAAUCAGGUGGCCCACCCCCUUCAACGGUUAGCCAGGCUGCUCCUGUGACUCUUCCUGGAAACCUUCCUUCAAGCAGUCCGUACACAAUGCCCCCAGAGCCCACCUUGUCUCAAAACCCUCUCUCCAUCAUGAUGUCCCGGAUGUCCAAGUUUGCAAUGCCUAGUUCGACACCGCUCUACCAUGAUGCUAUCAAGACGGUAGCCUCCUCAGAUGAUGACUCUCCCCCAGCGCGUUCCCCAAAUUUGCCGCCAAUGAACAAUCUUUCGGGCAUUAAUUCCCAGAAUCCUCGUCUUUCAGGUCCUAACCAGUCGGGCCCGAUGCCAACUCUUAGCCCAAUGGGAAUGACUCAGCCUCUAACUCACACUAACCAGAUGCCCUCUCCAAAUGCUAUGGGGCCCAGUAUACCUCCUCAUGGGGUCUCUGUUGGACCCGGCCUCAUGUCACAUAAUCCAAUGAUGGGUCAUGGUUCCCAAGAGCCGCCAAUGGUACCUCAAGGACGCCUGGGCUUCCCACAGGGCUUUCCUCCAGUACAGUCACCUCCCCAGCAGGUGCCAUUUCCACACAAUGGACCUAGUGGAGGACCAGGCAGCUUUCCAGCUGGAAUGAGCUUCCAUGGUGAAGGACCUCUGGGGCGUCCCACCAACAUGCCCCAAAGUUCAGCAGAUCCAGCACUUUGCAAGCCUGGAGGUCCUGUGGGACCAGACGCUUUCACUGUCCUAGGAAAUAAUAUGCCUUCAGUUUUUACUGAUCCAGAUCUGCAGGAAGUGAUUCGCCCUGGAGCCACUGGAAUACCAGAAUUUGACCUAUCCAGGAUUAUUCCAUCUGAGAAGCCUAGCCAGACACUACAAUAUUUCCCUCGUGGGGAAGUGCCAGGCCGCAAGCAACCCCAGGGUGUUGGGCCUGGCUUUUCUCACAUGCAGGGGAUGAUGGGAGACCAGAAUCCAAGAAUGGGGCUGGCAUUACCUGGCAUGGGAGGCCCGGGGCCAGUGGGCACACCAGAUAUCCCCCUCGGAACAGCAUCCUCCAUGCCAGGCCAUAACGUAAUGAGACCACCUGCCUUUCUGCAACAAGGCAUGAUGGGACCUCACCACCGGAUGAUGUCACCAGCACAAACAGCAAUGCCUGGCCAACCCACUCUUAUGAGCAACCCAGUAGGCAUGAUCCCAGGCAAGGACCGAGCUCCUGCUGGGCUCUAUAGCCACCCAGGACCUGUGGGUUCCCCUGGCAUGAUGAUGUCAAUGCAGGGCAUGAUAGGACCCCAACAGAACAUCAUGAUUCCUCCACAGAUGAGACCCCGGGGCAUGGCUGGUGAUGUAGGCAUGGGAGGAUUUAGCCAAGGCCCUGGAAACCCAGGGAACAUGAUGUUUUAAGCUGCUACAUAAAGACUGGAUGGUUCCAAUCCUUGUUGAGAUGAGAUUCCAGGUCCUGACAGCUCCAGGAGCACAGUUUGGCCAUGCAAUAGGUGAAAACGGACCAGAGGAUGCUUUGGGAAAUCUCGAAUGUAUGGAAUUACCUGAAAACAAAUGAAUUCAUUUUAACAGGUUGUUUUUUUAAGAUUUAUUUUUUAAAAAUUAUUUUUGUGUACUUGGGUAUCCUGUGAUGGCACCUGCUUUGAGAAUCUGUAGCUGUAUUUUGAGAAUUGCCAUUUGUCACAAGUUGCACCAUUCUCUGUAUGUUUACGUCCUUUGGACUGACUUCUCCCAGGACUCUGUUAUUUUGGGGGGUUAUUUUUGUGUACUGUACUAUAUUGUAAAAGGGAUUUUAGCAGAGACUUUAGUCUUUGGGGUGAGAGGCUGUUUACUUUUAGGUGGAAAAUCCAUCUUCAAAACUUUGGACUAUUUUCCUUCAACUCCAAUGUAUAGAAAAACCAAACUACGACCUCAGAGCAGAGUAUUAAUGAAAAGCACAAAAGGAACUUAAGUUCAGUGAGGGGGAAUCUUUUAAAAAAAAUAAGUUAAGGACAUAUUUUUCAAAUUAUGGAGUGCUGUCCAGCACCUUUUUGUCUCUCCCUCCCACUUCUUUAAAAAAAAGCCUCUUGGUCCUCCCUACCCCUUUACUGUCGUCUCCUCUGGCAGCUGCAAUACAUUGUAUUAUUUUGGGGAGCAUAUCUAGGAGAGCCCCUUCUCAUGCUGGGAGUGAUGCCACUUUCAGGAAGAGGCUGGACUUUGACACUGUUACAUCCUACAGUAGUCUUACUGUUUCUUAUAUCCCUUUUCUUAGAAACCCUGCCCCCCCCCCCCCAAGUGACUAUUAACGUGGGAGUGGAUCAGACACUAAAAGUUAUCCUGACUUUUUUGUGGCUAUUUUUUUUGUUCCCCAGCGUAAAACGUUCUGUGUAACCUCCAUUAAAUUUGGUACAAAACCACUUGCCAGGGCUGUGGUGUCAGAAAAAUAAAAUAUAUUGUUUCUUACAAAAAACAAACAAA